AACGAAGUGUUAAAGAUUAUAAAGAUUGAAAUGAUAAUUUAACCCAAAAUAUUGAACCUUUGUACUCCAUAGUCCAUGGAAACCAAUUGAAAACAGUUUUAUGUUUGUAAGUAUAAAUGUUAUCGUCUAAACUGAAGAAAUUUCUAUGAACAAAUACGCAAGGUUAAAAGAAUAAAAAAAAAAAAAGGAGACAAUUGGCUCAUUUGAAGAUUGGAGAUCGAAUCACAUGAUAAAAGAAGAACCCAUAUUAAGAAGCCCAAAAGCAAUCCCAGCCCAGAAUACUCCCUUUUCAGUUUUCUCUAUUGCUUGCUCCAAUUUUAGCGAAGAAUUGGUUCGCAGUCCAUUUUGUUUCAACGCCCAACCAGAAAGUCGGUAAAUUUUGAAUUGUCCAUCUUCAAGUUCUGCGAGUGUAGGAUUCUUAUGAACCAAUUGAAGCAAAUUCAUGCGUACGGCCUCAGAAGCGGCGUAGAUUACACAAAAUUCCUCAUCGAGAAACUCCUCCAAAUCCCAAAUUUGCCAUAUGCUUGCGCCCUCUUCGACCUCAUUCCGAAGCCCUCUGUUUUUCUCUACAACAAGUUCAUUCAAUCGUAUUCUUCCUCUGGUCAGCACCACCGAUGUUGGUCGCUUUACUACCAAAUGUGCCGGCAAGGCUGCUCACCGAACCAGCACUCCUUCACUUUUCUCUUUGCCGCCUGCGCUUCGCUUCAAAAUGUUUUCCCAGGUCAGAUGCUUCAUGCCCAUUUCUGUAAGUCGGGAUUUGCCUCAGAUGUAUUUGCCUUAACGGCGUUGUUGGACAUGUACGCGAAAUUGGGUAUGUUGAGGUCUGCCCGCCAACUGUUCGAUGAAAUGCCUGUUAGAGAUAUACCCACUUGGAACUCGAUGGUUGCUGGCUAUUCAAGGUCCGGGGACAUGGGGGCAGCGUUAGAAUUGUUCGACCGAAUGCCUGUAAGAAAUGUGGUCUCGUGGACCGCAUUGAUAUCUGGGUAUUCGCAGAAUGGCAAGUAUGCCAAGGCACUGGAGAUGUUUCUGAGAUUGGAAAAUGAGAGAGGCAUUAAACCAAAUGAGGUUACCGUAGCUAGUGUUCUUCCUGCCUGUGCUCAGCUUGGGGCGUUGGAUAUUGGGAGGAGGAUUGAAGCAUACGCACGAAAUAAUGGUUUUUUCAAAAACUUGUACGUAAGUAAUGCUAUACUGGAAGUGCAUGCCAGGUGCGGGAAUAUUGAGGAAGCUAGACAAGUUUUUGAUGAGAUUGGAAGCAAAAGAAACUUGUGCUCGUGGAAUACCAUGAUUAUGGGAUUGGCUGUCCAUGGAAGAUGCAGCCAUGCUAUGGAGCUUUAUGAUCAAAUGCUGACACAAAGAAUAAGACCUGAUGACGUUACAUUCAUAGGUCUUCUCUUGGCUUGCACUCACGGGGGCAUGGUUGCGAAAGGCCGACAACUCUUCGAAUCAAUGGAAAGUAAGUUUCAAAUUGCUCCUAAAUUAGAGCACUAUGGCUGCUUGGUUGAUCUAUUAGGCAGGGCUGGAGAACUAGAAGAAGCUUACAAUCUCAUUCAAACCAUGCCUAUGGUUCCUGAUUCUGUAAUUUGGGGAGCUCUUCUGGGAGCUUGCAGCUUCCAUGGCAGUGUCGAAUUAGCUGAAGUAGCAGCUGAGUCUCUCUUCAAGCUCGAGCCGUGGAACCCUGGAAAUUAUGUCAUUCUCUCGAACAUUUAUGCAUCGGCUGGUGAUUGGCGCGGAGUUGCGAGGCUGAGGAAGACGAUGAAGGGAGGACAUAUUACAAAGAGAGCAGGGUAUAGUUAUAUUGAAGUGGGAGAUGGUAUUCAUGAGUUCAUUGUAGAAGAUAGAUCACAUCUGAAGAGUGAUGAAAUAUAUGCUUUACUUCAUGGAAUUUAUUCAAUUAUUAAACUUCAGAAGCCUGCACUUCAUAGUCAGAAUGAAGGAAUGAAUCCCCACUAAAAAACAGAGCUGGGAGAGGAGCCUAAAGGAGGAACACGGUACAUAUAGUUAGCUUUAAUACUUAAU